ACAAUGGACAUGAACUGAUAGAGAGGUAGAGAAAGCGGAAGCAUACUCACACGAAUGGCGACCCUUUUAGCUCCACUCUCUCAUAACACCUUCUUCCUCCGGCGCACAUCGACGUCGAAGCAGCGCCGCAUCCCAUUUCCCGAUCCCCACAUACCCAUCAGAGUCAGUUGCUCCUCUGUUAGAAAAGUUGCAUCCAAGUCUACAGAAAGCCCAAUUCCUUUUAAGGAACUUGGAAGUGUAGCCUGUGGAAUUCUUGCUGUUUGGGCUAUAUCUACUGCCUCACCUGCAAUUGCUGUUAAUCAGAGGCUGCCUCCGUUGUCAACUGAGCCAAACCGCUGUGAGCGUGCAUUUGUUGGUAACACAAUUGGCCAAGCAAAUGGUGUUUAUGAUAAGCCACUUGAUAUCCGCUUCUGUGAUUACACAAAUGAUAAAUCCAACCUAAAGGGGAAGUCCCUUUCUGCUGCACUCAUGGCUGAUGCCAAGUUUGAUGGUGCAGACAUGUCAGAAGUGGUGAUGUCUAAGGCCUACGCAGUGGGGGCAAGCUUCAAGGGUGUAGACUUCUCCAAUGCCGUCUUAGACCGCGUUAACUUUGGGAAAGCCAAUCUCCAAGGAGCAGUGUUCAAGAACACAGUGUUGUCUGGCUCCACUUUUGACAAAGCUCAACUGGAAGAUGCAGUUUUUGAAGAUACCAUCAUAGGAUAUAUUGAUCUUCAGAAGCUUUGUACAAACACAACUAUCAGUGUUGAAGGAAGAGCUGAUUUAGGGUGUCGAUGAUCACCAUCUGUACUCUAUUUUUUGCUUCUUUGUUUUCUUGUAUGAUCAACUACUCUAGAAUCAAAGUCUGCUGGUUCACCCCAGUCAUGUGGUGUUACAUGACAUGAUGGAAGGCGAUUCAUGAUAAUUUUUGCUGCUCCACAAAUGCUAUAAUCUUUCAUUUUUAUUUCUUGAAGUCUCAAAUUGAAGGAUUAAUAUGAGUUGGCACCGCUGCAAUAACAGGUUUUGCAGCUU